AUGACUGCCCAGAAAUACCUUUGGUUUACUCUUACUUGCCUUUUUUACACAAGUUUGCUCGCUAGUAUUGGUUAUGCUGGCUCAGGAUUACCUAAGGGUGCUCAACCAUCACUUGCUUCGAACUAUGACUCCAGCCGUCCUUUCCGAUGCUUGAACGGAUUAGCAACUAUUGAUUUCACUAGCGUGAACGACAAUUACUGUGACUGUUCUGAUGGGAGUGAUGAACCAGGCACGUCUGCUUGCCCAAAUGGUCGAUUUUAUUGCCAUAAUGUUGGUUAUAAGCCGUUGAUAUUUCCUUCUUCUCGCGUAAAUGAUGGCAUUUGUGAUUGUUGUGAUGGUACGGAUGAAUAUGACGGUAAAAUUUCUUGCCAGAAUACAUGCGAUGAAGUAGGAGCUAAAUAUCGCGAAGAGUUGAGAAAAUUGCAAGAGGAAGCUGAAAAGGGCUAUGUGAUGCGAUUACAAUAUGCAAAGGAGGGUUUAGAAGCUAAAGAAAAAUAUAAGGCAAAACUGCAAUCGUUGAAAGCAGAUAUUGAAACUGUUAGGCAGAAAGCUUCAGAGCUUGAAGCAAAAAAGAGUGAAGCCGAAAAAUCUGAAAAGGAGAGAUUAGACGCUUUCGAAAAGGAAUGGGAAGAAACUAAGGCUAAGAAACGCGAAGAAUAUUAUAAUAGUAAAUCGAAGAGUACUUUCGACGAGCUUGAUAGCAAUAAAGACGGCAGUAUCACCGUCAAUGAAAUCAUUGGAAAUCUCGCAUUUGAUGCCGACGGCAAUGGUGAAGUGAGUGAAGAGGAAGCAAAACAAGCCCUAGGAGAAGCCGGCAUAAUUUCAAGUUAUGAUAAUUUUAUGUCUGAUGUGUGGCCAAAGUUUAAUGAUAAGCUGGUUCAGAUAAAACCUCAAGGGUUGGACUCUGGUGAGCGCUCGAUGGAACAACCCGCUGAUAGUCAUGAAGUAAACAUCGAUGACGACAUCGUAGCUGAAGAUGAAGAUGAAGCUGCAAAGGAACAUGUAGCUGUAGCGCAAGAAGAAGACAUGUACGGUCAAAAACCUGAACAUGAUGAAGAAUUAAAAAAUCUCGUUGCAGUGGCUGAUAAAGCUCGGCAAGAAUAUAAGGCUGCGGAAGACAAUAAGAACAAUAUGGAGAAUGAAAUCCAGGAGAUCGAGAAGGUACUAGGUAGUGACUUUGGAUCGGAAGAGGAAUUUGCCUACCUACGAGGCAAAUGCUAUCAAUUUACCGAUAGAGAAUACACUUAUGAACUUUGUCCGUUUGACAAGGUAACACAAACUUCAAAAUCAGGAGGUUCACAAACAUCAUUAGGUACAUGGGGUUCCUGGGUUGGAGCAGAAAACAAAUACUCUAAAAUGAAAUACGAAGGAGGCCAAAAUUGUUGGAAUGGCCCUGACCGAUCAGCGACAAUCGUCAUAUCCUGCGGUACUGAAGAUUCAUUGAUAUCGGCAUCAGAGCCUAAUCGAUGCGAAUAUUUGAUGGAAUUUAAAACCCCUGCUGCUUGUUUUUCUAGAGGCAAUAAGAACUCUCACGACGAAUUAUAAUUAUUAGAAAUAAUGUUAUAUUUCUUGCCAAUUUAAACAUUACUGAUCCCAUGUGAAACAGUGACGGCGUUAUUUUAUGUUCAACUAAUAUUCGAUUACAUAGUUGACAGAAAGUGAAAUAGCUUAAAUAUUUUUAAAUGUAGUAAUUACUGAUGUAAAUGAUGUUAACUGGGUUUUGAGCCAAUUCCUGAAAUUUGUGAUUUACUAAUUCAUUAAUUAUUAAUUAAAUAAAAUUUUAUCUACAAU